ACACUAAUGCCCAUUUCUCAUCUCCAGCUCUUUCAUGGAUUAUCAGACAUUCCGUGUGUCAUGAGGUCUUAGGCAUCACCAGCAGCGUGACUGAGAUCUGAGAAAGCAACCACACAGUGGGAAGGCCGAGGAUGCACCUUUUGAGCAGCUGAGUAAUUCCCGAUCCCGGAGUUGCCAUGGUCGAAUAUAAGCCAGAGCCUUCGCGAAAAACGGAGAGAGAAAAACCGAUUGCUCAAAACACUACUCUUCAUUGCUCAAACACAUGGCUUCGAAGCCCCUCGUACUCGUAGUCGGUGGAACCGGCAACACCGGAAAGCAUAUCACGGAGGCCCUCCUGAACGGCAGAGAUUUUAGGGUGGCAGUGUUGACACGACCGUCCUCACUUUCCAAGCCCGCUCUUGAAAGCUUCCGCGCGAAAGGGGCUGAAAUUCGCACAGGGGACUUUCGUUCGGAUAGCGUCGAGAAGCUGAAGGAGGCGCUGUCUGGCGUGGACAUCCUCAUCAGCUCUAUCAACGGCUUUGCCAUACUUGAUCAGAAGCCGCUCUUGGCCGCUGCAAAGGAGGUUGGAGUAAAGCGGGUCAUCCCAUGCGACUUUGCCACCCCAGGCAAACGUGGAGUGCGGGAGCUGAACGAUACGAAACUUGAGAUCCAUGAUUACAUCAAGCAACUAGGGCUCGGCUACACCUUCAUCGACAUCGGGUGGUGGACGCAGCUCACUCUUCCAUCGCCGUUGCUUAGCUCGCUCAGCUACAAGAUAAUCGGUAAAGGUGACAAGAAACUGCUCGUUACGGACGUGACACACGUGGGUCCGUACGUUGCAAGGAUCAUCGCCGAUGAGCGAACGCUCAACCACAGUGUCAUCGUAUGGGAGGACGAGGUGACGCUUCUAGACGUGAAGAGGCUCGUAGAGAAGUACUCUCCUGACGGAGAGGCGGCGAAGGACAAAUGGACCUACCUGACCUACGAAGAGCUUUUGAAGCUCGCUGCGCAAGGAAGGGAGGAAUACAAGCGGACUGGCAAUCCGGAGGCACACGUCUUGCAGGCGUCAUCGGAAUAUAUGAUCAGCAUCCACAUAUUGGGCGAGGACUCGCUAGAAAAUGCCAAGGCGCUCGGGUAUCUUGAUGUUCGUGAAUUAUAUCCCGACAUCCAUCCGACUUCACUGGAGGAGUUUGCCCAAGAGUUCUAUAGUCAGAAGAAGCCUGCAUUUGUGUAUUCCACAGAGUAGUAGUUGUGAGUCACGGGAUUAUAUGGGUUGGCAUGCCAGUGAGAGGCGUUGGAGAGAGCCGAGCAAAAUGCAAGGAGAGAGUAAUUAGUUGAACGUGCAGCUAUCCGCCGUCGCGCGACCGAAGUAACUCAAGGUCGAACAGAUGUCAAUGGGCGUCGAUUCUGGUAUGAUUUUCGACCACCAACAGGGCCCUUCGUUUGCAGCCAAGAUUUGAAUCCAACUCGGAUCGCCG